UACUAGUUUAGGGAAAACACCUCUCGAAUAUUUUUUUAUCCUGUUCUUGCGGUUAUACAGUUUGUGUUUAUUUUAUAAAUUAAUAUGGAGAACCAAACGAUUACCAACAACAGUGAAUUAAAUGCCUACACAUUAAUUGCAAGAAAUAUCCUGAAUAAAUUUGACGCACAGUUGGAAUGGUCAAGCCCAACUAAAGAGGAAAUUCAAUGUCCAUUUAAUCGUAACCAUGUGCUAACUUUUGCAAAAUAUAACGAACACGUUGCAAAAUGUAAAUGGAAGAAACACGGGUAUUCUGAUCACGAGGUGAAUGAUAUAAUCAGCGAAGAAAAUUCGGACUUUCCAUUUCCUUCGGUUCAAAUAGAUGAAAUUAUAUCCAGUAUUGCCCCUAAUGCCGGACCUCUUCGAACAAAUGAAAGAUUCACAACCUCCCUAACAACUGAACAGAAGUUGUUGGUAUAUGAUCGGAUAAUGGAAAAGAUUAAAACAGAUAAUGACAAAGGGCUUGAACCAAAUUUGUUUGUUGACUUCACUGAAGACCCUACAAUGAAAAAAUUAUCUGGUUCAGAGAAAAUAACAGAACUGGAUUUCCGAAAAAAUAUGAGGGACCACAAAAGAAGAAGGCAAACUUAUCGCGCAAAGAAUGUUCAUAUUACCAAACGAUCGCAAACAGAGAUUGUACGCGAUGUGUUAAAAAUUCACAUGGAAGAACUUAAACUGGCAUGGUCUAACAAAAGUGUAUCCGGCAUCACUUCGGAUGAAAGACCAACUUGUGAUAAAUCAAGCAAUAUAUCACAUGAACAUAGUUCCCGUGAUUGUGAUAAACGUGAGAGAAGUGAAAGUUCUACGACUCACAAAAGAAAUCGUUCACAAAAUGCUCGUGAAGACCGUGAUCACAACCGUGAAAAGUCAACUGCAGUCAUGUCUCAUGAUCGUGAAAGUGAUUUUCGUGAAAAGAGAGAUGAGACCCGUCCCUACAAACACCACUCACAUGGUGACACUCAUGAAAACCGUGAUCACAAACAUGAACGAUCACAUGAAAGAGUUUACAAAUCUUCUAAGAAGUCAAAACGACGCGACUCUUCACCGGAUUCACGACAUCAUAAACAUCAUAAAAAAGAGAAGAAGCGUCACAAAGAAAAUUCUAGAAGACGCAAACUAUCGUCUGAAAGGGAACCAUAAAGUAGUCAGUAAUAACUGAGAUACUUCAACUGUAAACACCAUCAAUACCAAAUGGGUUGUACAUUUCUUAUUUGGAUGGCAUUUUUUCUGCUAUACUUUCUUUUGAAAUGCUGCUACUAUUAUUGUAUGAAAAUACAAGACAGAUAACACAA